GUCCAAUUUUUUGAAGAAAUCUGACCAUCGAUUAGGAAGGCUGUCCAAAUUCAAUUGAUGAUUACCCUCUACCGGUUGGGCUUAGGGCUGCGUUUCCAGUGGGCAGCGCGACAGGGAUGGAAUCGCUACUGCCAUACAAACAUGCCCAUGCCAGCGGGGAUCUUUGAAGGAGGUCGCCAGAUUUUUGAAUGGAUGGGGGAGAGGGAUAUUUAUGAGUUCUCACCUAAGGACCAUGCUUUCCAGAUCAAGUUGAUUGGUAGCGUUCAGGGAUUGACUGCCGCGGAGCGCUAUGCCUGGAACUUGCCAGAACAAGCUAGGAAUGACGUAACAUAUGGAGAACUUCUUCAUUGUUAUGUGCAUAAACACAGAAGAGAAAAGGCUUUAUUUCAUUUUCAGAAGAUGAAAGAGUUGGGUUUUGUGUCGUCGCCUCGCCCAUUCAAUGAAAUCAUGCACCUUUAUGCCAAAAGUCUCCAAGUUGAUAAGGUCCUUGAGGUGUUAGCCGGGAUGAAGAAGAGCGGGGUUUCACCCGAUAAUGAUAGUUACAGAAUCUGCAUUAGUUCAUUUGGGUUAAACUAUGAUGUGGAUGGGAUGGAGAGAAUGCUGAGAGAAAUGGAGAGUCAACCCCACAUUGUCAUGGACUGGUGUACUUACGCCGUGGUAGCCGAGUUCUAUGAUAGAGAAUUCCUUGUAGAUAAGGCCGCCAAUGCUCUUGAAAAGGCUAGGGUGAUAUUACAAAAGAAUAAGAAUAAGAAUAAGAAUAAGAAUGAUGAUGAUGAUGGUGGUGGUGGUGAUGAUCGAAGCCACAAUUUGAUAAAUAGUGAUUAUGAGAAUGUGAUAAAGUCUCUGGUGAAGCUUGGCGAGUUUGGUGAGGCUAUGAGGUUUGCUACGGAGUGGGAAUCGCUGGGUAAUUGGUGCACUGUGGGUGAUAUCAGUAUUCCUUGCACAAUCAUUGAGGAGUACAUAAAAAAUGGUUCUGAAUCUUCACUAAGGGCAGCUUACAGAAUGAUUUGGGAGUGGGAAAGCAAGGGGAGGGCUGGCAUCGACAGACUUUCACUUUUACUCUGCAACGGAUUGCUUAAAGCGGGCGAUCUAUUUGAUGCAUAUUCAUGCUUUCAGGGAAAGGGUGCGAUUGUGUAUGGACCUCUAGCGCUUCAGAGGUCGUUUUUCCAAUACCUGGAAGAAGAGUGUGGAUCAUUUUUCCCCUCCAGCGGUGGAAGGUCAUUGUGCUGCUGCGCGGUGUCAUCACUCAGAACUGCUGGAGGCAAAACAUUCUUUGAACUCGUUCCAAUCAACCCGAAAUACACGCUCACAGCUGCGGUACUGGUACACCCCCCCACCACCCAAGCAGCAGCAGCAGAAGAAGAAGAAGCAGUAAAAAACAUGGAUUAUUAUGAGGGUGUAAUAAAAUCACUAGUGGAGUCUGGGGAGUUUGAUGAGGCUAGGAAGACGGCGAUGGAGUGGGAAGCAUCUUCUGGCAACUUGACUAGUAGUAGUAGUAGUAGUAGUCUCCAUCUCCAUGGUUGUUUGAACAUUUCCAAGCUGAUCAUCGACGGAUACUGCAAGAAGAACCGCUCUGUGGAAGCGGAGGGAAUGGCCGAAGCUUGGACAAGGGAAAAUAAGCCUUGGGUCAGAGGGAUUUGGUUGAUGCUUGCUUGUCACUACCAGGAAGAGGGUAAAUUGGUGAGAGGAUUCGAGUGCAUGCUGAGAUUUGUUAGUUUAACACCAUGGCUCAAAAGGUAUGGAGGCUUUGUGUUGUUUGAGAUGUAUGUGUAUAUGAUUGAAUAUUCGAGGGGCAUGAAUGCCGCAGGGCUGUCUGAGGAUCGCAUGCGCUCCCAAAAUUUGUUUCAACUGAAUGAUUUAUUAUGUUGCACCCAAGAAGAAGAAGACGACGACGACCAAGAAUUAUUUGGACCCCUCCACACCUAGGACUUGUUAUCAUUUUUUUAAUUAUAUUUAAACUGUUGUGUUUCUUAUCUGAUUCUAAUAAAAUUAAGUAGUAAGUUGGAGAGAGCAGUCUUUUAUUUUAUUUGCUCCCUUCGUCCUUAAAUAUUUGUCACACUUCUAUAACGAGGUAAAAUAUCAAGUUUUCUCAAUUCAUUUUAUUUACAUAUUAAUAUAGAAAUAAAAAAAUAAAAUUUACAUAUCAAAAAACUACCUGAAAAGUUAUUCGAAAUAAGAGGUGUUAAGAAUAUUUUAUUUUAUCAAAUAACUAAUGAAAACGUAGAAAUAAAUAAAAGUUUCCGGG